AUGCACUAUUACGGGGAGAGGUACAAACAAGUGUACCUGCCAGGGUCAGGGUGUAUCACUGAGAGCAUCCAGCAGUGCACCUCCCAGCCUGAUGCAUGCAGUACCACGUGCCACCCAGUGAGCGUGAUCAAGAGCCCGAUGCCAAGAUGGCAAAGCUACGUGCAACCUAUUACUUACGUGUGCCAGCAGCCAAAUGUGACCCAGGCAUCUCUGCUGUCUUGUCAGCCCUACGUACAGCGGCGUGUCCUGCUGUACCCAGAGCCUUGUGAGACCACUCGGCUGCUGCCCUGCAGGAAGCCCAGCGUGAGGAUGAGCACGGUGCAGAGUUUCCAGCCUUGUGAAACCAGUCGCCCUGAGAAAACACGUACAGCCAAGAGCCUCCCACCAUGUGCACCCAGGUGCCCAGAGCCAGGCAAACUCAGGUUCCCACCGUGUGGGAUCAGGUACUCAUCCUCGUGCAAGGAUGAGUGCAGGUCACAGAAGGUGUCUAAAUGCUCAUCACAGAGGUACGUCAUGGAGUCCAAGGGCUUGGGAGUGCAGGGGACGACCUGCAGCUAUUCCCCACCUUUGAGAGGAGUCACUGAGUGUCCCCCACAGCCAUGCACGACUCAGCCUCUCCUGCAGGAGCAGGUGAGUGGCUUCCCCCAUCAGAAGUGCAUGAAGGGCUACCCCACUCAGGAGUGUGUCACCACUUACUCCUCGCAGCAAUGUGAAACCAAGCGCCUGACGCAGCCCCAGGUGCCCAAAUGCCUCCCUGGGCAGAGAAUAAAGGAGUGUUCCUCCCAGCAACACGUAACCAAAUGCUCCCUGCCACAGGAGGGAAUCAAGUACAAGAGCUCAUCCACACAACACCUAAGCAAGUCCAAGUGCCUCCACCCACGGGCCACCCAGCACUCGACCCAGCAUCACACAGCGGGAGCAAAACGUUCGGGCCACUGCAAAAAGAGCCGUUGUGCUUCAAAGUGGCUGUGCUAG